AUGGCGUCUUCCCAUGAGAAUAAAACUGUUCUUUUCCGGGCCAACCCCGCCACUCGGGACGCGAAUGCUGACCUCGAUAUCAUUGCCAUCCACGGCUUGGACACGCAGUCACCCGGGACAUGGGCCUACUCCAAAAGUCCGGGCGAAGACGUCAACUGGCUGCUUGACGAGAACAUGCUCGCAGCAAGGGUCAAAGGAGCUCGAAUUUUCACCUGCAACUGGCCCGCCGAGCUGGUCCAAAAACCCGACACCAUUGCAACGACACUCGAGGAGUCGGCGCGGCAUCUGCUCAACUCGCUCACCCUCCACGUGGCAGAAGGCCGCAGGGAAACACCGAGGAGACCAAGACGGCCCAUUCUUUUCAUCGCCUCGUGUCUUGGAGGCAUCAUCUUAAUCAAAGCUCUGGCAAGAGAUCCGAAGCUGGGUAGUGAUGAGCGGGACCUCACGGCUCUCCGGAAAACGACCCGGGGCAUUGUUUUUCUGGCCACGCCGUUCCGUGGCACGUCGUUUAAAGAAAUUCCCGAGUUCGUCUUGCCUCUCUGGGCAUGGCUCGGUGGCCGCUCGGUAUCGGCUUUGAUCGAUUGCACGAGGGAGCCGCCACCCCAUCUCGACGAGCUCGUCCGUGACUUUGUAGAGCUACAACGUAAACACGACAUACACGCCGAAUACUUCUGGGAGGGAAUGAAGACUAAUCUGCUACGAAAAGUUUGGCUGUGCUGGGUCUUUUCCCCUUUCCUACACAUAGUCUGGAUAGUGCUGGUGCAUGAAGAUUCGGCCACUUUGAUAGGAGGGAGAAAACAGCGUCUUGAUCGACCCCACGUCCUAAUGAACAAGUUCGGUGGCCCCAAGUGUCAAGCUUACUCGACCGUCGCGAAAACUAUUGAAGAAAUGGCUGUAAAGAUCCGAGAGGGGAGCCUACUCGCCAGAGCGGAUCGCAUGAUUAAAGAAAGAUAUUUUAACAGUGGCAAGCUCAAGAUUAAAAGAUUGUCGGGCGAUUCUCUUGCCAUGAGAUCAUGCUACAUUAACCUCGCUAUUGUCGAAAAGGCUGGCGACGGUAAGAGUCAUGAGGCAGAUGACUCGGUGUCUUUUUCGCUCUUGGAUCGACAAAAAGUUGAGAUACCCGAAGAGAUACGUCGGGUCGAUUUAUCAAAGAUAUUCGACGCUCAGCAAAAUAAAGGGGGGAAGCAACCAAGACGUAUCCUGAUUCGGGGACGCGCGGGAGUCGGCAAGACCACGUUAUGCAAGAAAAUAGUCCACGAUUUCUAUACACCAGAAACUGAGCUACAUUGCUCAUGGACGAGAUUGUUCGAUCGCCUUCUUUGGAUACCCUUACGCAAUCUUAAAUUAGGCAACACACGGGACACCCCAGGAUACAACCUCGAGAAGCUCCUUUUGCAUGAGUUCUUCUCGCGGCCAACCAGCGAACCCGAAUUCGCUAGAGAACUAUCGGAAUCAAUGACAGCAGUCGCCAAUAGGACCCUAUUUCUCCUUGAUGGUCUUGACGAGAUUUUACACGACUUGAGUUCCAGUGGCGACAUGUAUGCUUUUGUCCAGGAGUUGUUGAGUCAACCAAACGUCAUCAUCACAUCCCGGCCGUCUGCAGCAGGUCUUUCCAGGGGCGUGAGCCCUCCGGACCUCGAGCUGGAAACUGUUGGCUUCUAUCCAGAUCAGGUUGAUGAAUAUGUCAGAAUGGCCUUCACCGACACGCACAAAGUCGAGCAAGUGCGCAACUUUCUCAAACAACAUUGGCUUAUUCAGGGUCUAGUGCGAAUUCCGAUUCAGCUAGAUGCCCUCUGUUAUACUUGGAAUGACAGACUAGAAACGGUGCCAGACACCAUGACUUCCAUGUACGAGUUGAUCGAGCUCAAGCUGUGGAAGAAAGAUGUAGUCCAUCGACUAGGAUUGAGACGUGAAGAUAAUGAGCCUCUUAGCGAAGACGAUCUUCAGAGCGUCGGGCGGGAAUAUGUUGAAAAGCGUGUUCCCCAAGAGAUGAGCUUGUUGGAGGGCCUUGCGUUCAGUGGACUAAUCAACAACAUUAUUGAUUUCCAAGAGACACAUGUGAAGACGAUAGCUGGCAAAUUUUGCGCCGGGUUUCUUUACAGCAAGAUUUGUCGAGAUGUUUCCUUUUUGCGAUCGUCAGACUCGUCCGUAGCGACAGCGGACCAAAGACAUCACUUCAUACACCUCACCUUCCAGGAAUAUUUCGCGGCGCGGUAUUUUGUCAAGCAGUGGAAAUCGAAGCGUAAUUUGGUCACUAUUCGGUUUAAAAACGAAGCGAGCUCCAACACUGUCGAUGUGAGCGUUGAGGACUUUGUGCGCGACGAAAAGUAUAAUGCACGCUGCGAUAUCUUCUGGCGCUUCGUCGCCGGCUUGCUCGGUGGAAAUGAUGACCAAAUCUGUGACUUCUUCUGCAUGGUCCAAAACGAGCCGCGCGACCUCCUUGGCCCGGUCCAUCAACGGCUAGUAAUACAUUGUCUCAGCGAGAUGUCAUUGCCAAAGGUGCCCAAGUUCCAGAAGUUUUACCAGCAUCUCGAGUACGAAGCGAAACAAUGGCUAUUAUUGGAACUUGGAGGGAGCCGUCGCUCGCGACUAGCAGCUGAGAUGGAAUUUCCAGGCAAGGUUUUAGCGGAAGCUUUGGAGGGCUUUCCAGAGAUGGAACCUCAGCUGUAUGAUUCAUUACUUGCCAGACCGGUGCUUCCCUUGGCAGUGAUGGACCACAUAGCUUCUUGUCUGGGAGAUGGUGAAAAAGAUGGGAGAAGUGCUCUUCGGCACAUUCAACAUGCUCGCGGAAGCUUGUCGGAGAAGGUGAUUCGCGCGGUGGUAAACUUGCUAAAGGAUGAUGACGAGAAGGUCCGCCAUGACGCCAGCAAAAUCUUGUCGAAACAAUCAGCACUGCCGCAAGAUGUGUUUCAAGCCAUGGUGAGGCUGGCAACAGGCCCUGAUAAAGAUCUUCGUCCAUAUGUCCUGUGGGCCCUGCGGGAGGAAACCACGUUGCCACAAGACGUGUUUCAAAGCUUGGUGGACGUGCUGAAGCACGGCUCCAGCUAUGAAGUGGCUGAAAAAUUGUAUAUGGAUGUGGGUGCGCAAUCAGCACAUCUGCCGCAAGAUGCAUGUGUGGUUAAAGCCCUAGCGAGCCUGCUGAAGGGCCCUGUCAAUGAAGUUCGCGACCGAGCUGUUGAGGCCUUGGCGAUAUGGGGUAUACAUGUAACCGCGCUGCCGCAAUACGUGGUUCAAGCGCUGGUAAACCUGCUGAAGGACCCUAGUGCUGUCAAUCAAGUUCGCAGGGACGCUGUUCGGGUCUUGAAGAGGCAAACCGCGCUGCCGCAAUACGUGGUUCAAGCCCUGGUAGACCUGCUUCACGACUCUGAUAAUCAUGUUCGCAGGUACGCUGUUCAGGCCUUGAAGAGGCAAACCGCGCUGCCACAAUACGUGGUUCAAGCCCUGGUAGACCUGCUUCACGACUCUGAUAAUCAUGUUUGUUUACAUGCCGUCUCUGCCUUGUAUAAGCAAUCAUGUCUCUCGCAAGAUGUGCUUGAAGUAUUGAUGAAGAUGCUACAGAGCCCUGACGACAGAGUGCUUUUAUCCAGCGCAGAAGUGCAAGACACGGAAGAGUCGCGUAAAGACCUGCUGAAAGAGGUGGCAGGAGUCUUGCUCUCGUCGGACGACGUCUUUUUUGAACAAAUGGUCCAUCUGCUCAAAAACGGUCCCAUAAUUACCCAGCGAUGCAUUGCCGGUUCCUUGUCCCACCCGGGCGUGUCAACAACGAAGGUGAUUCAGAUGAUGGCGCAUGCGAAGGACCAUCCUGAUGCACUCGUGCGGAUGGAAGCGGCGCGGGCCAUGAACCGUCGAAGGCUGUAUGAGGACGCGCUGCCGGAGGAAUUGGCUCUGGCGCUUGAAUAUCUGCUCAAAGACUCGGACAAAUCGGUACGUAUGACUGCAUUACUUGUCUUGAGACAUGAGCCCGGUCCGUGGCGUCUCGGUCUGCAGGAGGAGCUUGCCAAGGUGGCUGUCGACUUGCUCACGAAUUCUGAAGAAGACGUACGAAAGCGUGCCAUUUCUUGCAGUAGCCAACUAGUAGGGCUGUCUGAAGAGGUGGUUCAGGCCGUGGCAAAUCUGCUAGAGGAUCCCGACACAGACAUACGGCAGGAGGCUAUUCAGUCUCUCGACUUUAACAAAGUAACCAGAACGUUACCGACAACCGUCUUCCAAAGGAUGACAUGCUUACUAGAGGACCACGACCAACGCACCAGACAGUGUGCAUUCAACUCAUUGACUUCUCACAAAGCCCUUCCAAAGGAGGUGCUUCAGGCACUUGCAUUAACCUUGCACAAUCCUACACGCGAAAGACGAGUCCAGGCGGCAAUCAUUCUGAGUGUCCAAGUAGAGCUACCACUUGAUGUACUGCAGGCAAUGGCCAAUCUGCUCAAGUUUCCAGAGGACACUCAGAGUGAUAAUGUCGCCAUGACAGCCUUCGAUCAUCUUGCAGCUUUGCCGGACCAAAGUUUCUGCUCAAAACUUGCCGAGAUGGACGGCCAAUGCUUCACCAGACUAUAUCGAAAGUGGCUACGACGAGCCUUUUCGGAUCACAGGUUUAUCUACGAGAAAAACAAAGUCUACCACAUUCACCUACCCCGUGGAUACCAAGAAAUUCCAGUGCCUCAGUUUCAGCGUGCUGUCCAGGCAGCCCAAAAAGCCCUGAAUAUUCCUGAGAUUAAACCAUUAUCAAUCAAAGAUUCGUAUCAGCAGCUCACAUGCCAAGUUGAGCAGGACGAGGCUGCACACAUGGCCGACGCAAACAUCCGUGAGCCGCCGUCUGCACCGCAAAGUGAGAAACAACCUUGA